ACGUAAAUUGAUUCGCGGGAAAAAAUGAAAAAUGGCGACUUGCAUAGUUUGAACUUUAGCGCCUGUACACAUAUUGCAAGAAUCGACAACUCCUAGCGAAUGGAACGUUACUCAACAGCAGCGACAUUAUUUCGAGCAUUGACCCUGGAUUGGAAGUUAACCAAGGCGGAAUAGUAGUAGUGUGGACAGCCCAGCUGCAGCAUGUUGCAGUCAGCCUACAGAGAUAACUUCUGCAGUGUGGAGCCAGAUGAGGUGCUGGAGGCCAAGCAUUUACCCCAGAAGAGGGAGAGAGGGCGGAGCUUCACAGACAUGGAAAGCAGCGUGACCGUGGGCCAGUAUGUACUGUGCCGCUGGUCUGAUGGCCUAUACUACCUGGGGAAGAUUCAGAGAGUGAGUACCUCCAAGCAGAGCUGCUUUGUCACUUUUGAAGAUAACUCAAAAUUCUGGGUUCUCUGGAAAGACAUCCAACAUGCUGGAGUUCCGGGGGAGGAGCCCAAAUGCUCAGUCUGUUCCGAAAUGGUGCUGGUAUCCGACAAUGAGAUCCUGCUAUGUGGAAAAUGUGGAAUAGGUUACCACCAGCAGUGCCACAUGCCACAGGUGGAGAGCUCAAUGGUUUUGUCACCAUGGUUUUGCAGGAGGUGCAUCUUUGUUUUAGCUGUGCGGAAAGGGGGAGCUCUCAAAAAGGGGCCCAUAGCAAAAGCACUGCAGGCCAUGAAGCAGGUGCUUACCUACAGCCCAGAAGAGCUGGAAUGGGAUUCCCAGCACCACACAAAUCACCAACAGUGUUAUUGCUACUGUGGAGGACCUGGAGAGUGGUACUUGAAGAUGCUGCAGUGUUUUCGGUGUGAACAGUGGUUCCAUGAGGCCUGCAUCCAGUGCCUACAGGAGUCCAUGAUGUUUGGAGAUAGGUUUUACUUGUUCAUCUGCUCCAUGUGUAAUAAAGGAGUAGAGUACAUCAAGAGACUGGCCCUCCGAUGGGUGGACGUGGUGCACUUGGCACUUUACAACCUGGGAGUCCAGAGUAAGAAGAAGUACUUUGAGCUGGAGGAGAUCCUCAACUUUGUCAGCAACAACUGGGACCAUUUCCAGUUGGGCAAGCUCUCCAAUACUCCUCCAACAGAAAGAGGCCAAUAUCUCCUUGAUGCUCUGAACAACUACAAGAGCAAGUUUCUCUGUGGGAAGGAGAUCAAGAAGAGGAAAUGCAUCUUCCGCCUGAGGACCCGCGUUCCCCCCAACCCUCCCUCUAAACUCUUUCCUGAGAGGGCUCAGAAUGAGGGAUGGAGAGGACGAAAGAAAGGCACAGGCAGGAACAGCUCUCUCCCUGCAGAGAAGAGGAGGAAGAGAAGAUCAAAAUGGCUGCUGGAGGAUGCCAUCCCCAAUAAUGACCUGACCUCCACCUGGAGCACCAACCAUCACAUGGCCAACAUCUUUGACUUCACCUUGGACGAGUUACAAAGUCUCAAAAGCACCAGCUCAGGACGGACCUUCAGUCUGGACCUGGACUCCACAGACGCGGCUAGUACCACAGGAUCUGCCACCACCAGUGUCUCCUAUGACCUCAGGAAGAAUGUUGGCAGCCGUAAGAGGAAGCUGCCCACCUCAAACUACACGGUGCUGGCCACUAAGAGGGAGGUGGUGGAGAACGAGCUGAGCCCUAUGGAGCAGAGCCUGCCGGGAGAGGAGACGGCCUCCGUGAUGCUGGACAACACCAUCGACAGCCACACCUUCGACAGCAUCAGCGAGGAUGACUCAUCCCUCUCCCACCUCAAGUCCUCCAUCACCAACUACUUUGGGGCGGCGGGGCGGCUCACCUGUGGAGAGAAGUACCAGGUGCUGGCCCGCCGGGUCACUCUGGAGGGGAAGGUGCAGUAUCUUGUGGAGUGGGAGGGCACCACGCCCUACUGACCUGGCCAACCAGACAGGCUGUCUUCAGUUAGGUGUUACAGAGAAGGGGGGAAUAAAUGGCAAGAUCAGCCUAGCAAGGCCUACCUAGUUGUACUCAUUUAAUUGUUUCAUGUUGCUUUCUCUUGCGCUACAGUACUAUUUCAGUAUAUAUGACAAGUAAAAAUGGUUGUUCUCUUCUUCCACCAUAGCUAAGGUUUUUAUUAUUUAAUUUGUAAUUCAACCGGAAUGUAUUGAACAGAAACGUAAAGAUUGAGUACGUUUUUUUUUUAUAGAUACAUUGUCUGUUUGGUAGCGUCCUCAAGAAUUUUCAACAGUAACACAGCCUGAAAAAUAGUCCCAUGGGGCACAGAUGUAAAUUCAGCGGCUAUUCCACGUUAUUUUGUUGAUUCAACCAAUGUGUGCCUGUUGGGGUUUGCCUUGGUCUUAACCGGAUGAUAGUUUGAGUAGAAGAUUUGUGAUGGUACUGUAAAGGGAACGUGUGAGAUGGCCCAGGGGUCCAGUAAAUAACAAUACCACUGAUUCUAAAGGAUGGCAGCAAAACUGUUGAAAGAGCACUGCUAAAUGGGCUGUCAGUGGCCCUAAAUUAAAUUCAGACAACUUCCAAUAAUAUUCUGCUCUACUAAUAGUUUUUCAGUGUUUUACUUUUUUUUUUUUUUUUUUACCUUAUAACAGCAAUAUGCCAUAUCCAAGCAACAUUUAACUUGUAGCAAGUUAUACCUUUAUCAUUGUUGUGCCUCUCCACUGAUCAAUGAAACCGCAGUUUAACAGCUUUAUCUACGCAGUACUGUAAUGCCAAGUCUAAAAGCUGAGUAACAAACACAUGUUUUUAUGAAAUAUCACUUAACAGUCGGUUUAUACUUGGUCCUUUAAUUUUCAAAUGUGUUUAGAGAGAGUUUUCCCGGAUGGUUAGGGGGACAAGAGACCAAAGCAAAUACUACAAGCAUUUCUGAUAGUGUUCCUGGUUUUCCUUUUAUCUCUAGUGGUUUAUGCUGACAUAGGUAGUUUGGCUUACGUAGAUGCAAAACUGUUGUAUUUAAUGGAAAUUCAAGGUAGAGGAUGGAGAACUUAUUUUAACAUAGUACUUUUAGACACUGUAAGAUCUUUUUUGACAUUUGAAAUAUAGAAAGUCAGAAUGAGAAUAUUCCUUUAGUCAUGGACUUUAAGGGGGAGUCUUGGUCUAUGCUCUUACAAUAUCCAAAGAUGACUUUAUAUAUUACUCUCCCACCUAUAGAUAUUUCUGUUUCCUCAAGACAUGUAUUUGUUUUGUUCCAGACUUGGAUAUCUUUUCGCUGACCGUGAAACCUGGGGCUGUGUACAUUGGGGCACUCAGUGGGGGGGGAAUUUAGCGGAAAACAAAAAUGAGCAUUUUAGGCCUAUUUAUUUGACACGCCCAGGUAAUCCCUCUGUUUCGUUUAGAUUUCUUCUGAUUGUGCUUAAUGAACAGGAUACAGAAUCUUUCGACCUUGAUAAAUAUGAUUCGAUACGUCAGUACAUCAUGAAAGAUAAAUGACGCUUUUCCUAUUAACAUUUCUGUUAAUGUACUUCACCCUCUUUACGUCAUUGCACUAUUGACACAUCUUAAACUAUGCAAGUAUGUUUUUAUAAAUUGAUGUUACUAAAUAACCAAAUAUUAUUUACAAUAUAGUUUUAAUUGAUUAUUAUGUAAAUUUGUGAUCAGAAGUCACAUGCUAUAUAUGCGUUAUAUUAUUAAUAAGCAAAGUUUUAAGCUACUUGUAAUAUGUUUCCCCUUUAGCAUUUUGCAACUGUUUAUGCACUUACUUUCCUUCAAAUUACAGUAUGACUGUAUUCACUCAAACAGUUUAUAUUAUGAGUAGAUUCAUAUCUAUCCUAUGGAGUUUCCAUUUUGUGGAUGAUUCUUGAAUAGUGACACAUCAAUGGUAAACUGUGUGCAGCAUAAAAGUUUGACUUUAGUUGUAUUUUAAAUCAAAUAAAAUGCAUCUUUAAACAUGAAUGACUGUAUAAUAGUUGUUUUGCCAUGUUACAUACCCAGAGCUGUGUAUAUAGAGAACUUCCUGUGUACUGUACAUUUACCCCUAUUUCCUAUGCUUGUUAGAAAUGUUAACUGUUACAUCUCUCAGCGGGCAUUACGCAUCCUUUUGUCAUUCAUUAAACUUUUAUUUGGUCUUUUGAAUUGUAAUAAAAAUCAUUUGAGAUGCC